CUGCUGUCGCUGGUUGGGAUCUUCGGCAACACCAUGAUCAUCGUUGUGCUGGCGCAUCACGGGUUCAAGGAUACAACCAGCACCAUGAUGAGAUCGCUUGCAGUCUCCGAUCUCAUUUACUUCCUGACCGACUCGUUCUACAACGUUGGCUGCAUCGCCCUGAUGUUUGACCGAGCUCUUGGCCAGACCCUAAACGUGAUCAACGGAAUGUAUUUCUUUUACUGGAAUCAGAUGUCGUUAACCGUGAGCCUGUGCACGGUAGCUGUUAUCGCCGUUGAGAAAGCCAUAGCUGUUUAUUUCCCUUUCCACGUUUCGAGACUAUUCACUCCCCUGCGGAUAAAAAUCAUCUUGGUUUUAAUUUACGUCUGCAAUUUUUCAGACAUGAUCAUCUGGGCUUUCACGCAUAACAUGAUUUAUUUGACAAACUUGUCAAACAACGAAACGUUUUUCACACUUGUGUUAUCCGAGUUUCACCAGAACAAUUACGAACUAGUCCUUUUUCUCAGCACCGUUAUCUUCAGUCAUCUGUUGUACACGGUUCCGCUUGCCAUCGUCGUUUUGUGUUCGGCGAUGAUCAGCUUCAAAAUGAUCCGCAUAUCCAAAAGUGCGCUGACCGCGUCGAAAUCGAGACCGCAAAACAUCAAGGGCUUUAAGGUGAUUAAGUUGCUGUUGGCCGUUUCCAUAGUUACUCUGAUCGUGUGCCUACCCACGGCCAUUGUGGAGAUGUACGUGAGGUAUGGGCCAGACGGUCGGGAUAUUUCAAACAGCUUUGUUUACCUCACGCAGUUAAUUACGACACUUCUCUAUCAGAUCGUUGGUGCGGCCAAUUUCUUCCUCUACCUCACGAUGAACACAAAGUUUGCUAGGUCAUGCAAAACAAUACUCUGCUGUGUGUAG